AUGCCUCCUCCUUCUUCCGAUGAGAUCUUCGAUAAUUGGAGUGGAAUAAUAGAAGAUGAUUUCUCCACAACAAUCCUCAAUACAUUCGGGUUGUCCCAGAAUGACAAUUAUGUUUACCGCGCCGAAUCAUUCGCUAUGACAUUACCACAAAUUCAAGAAAUCAUCAACACCGGCAAAUUAAAAUAUCAUUAUCAAGAUCAUGGCAAGAUCAUUCAGGUCUCACUCGCAGACAUCAAUGCCUAUACGUCAAUAUUCUCUUCCAAGACCGAUACAUCCAAAGCCCUUGUAGCAUUCUCCUCCAAUGCAAAGAAAAGUUCACCUAGAGAAUCGAUUGCACAGUACCUCCAAUCACGUCGAAUUACUCCAUACAAGAUACCGAAAGCAAACGCACACAUCAAUCCAUAUUAUGAUAUCUGGGCUCAUACAUGUCGGAUGGUAUCUUUCCUAGGACCACUUCCCGAUGCACAUUAUUCGAAUCCGGCGGCAGCGAAAAUGACUCAUCCUGUUCUUCCUGUUCUUUACCAUCAGUUUGGAUGUGUGGUACCAUCUUACGAUUCCCUUUACAUCAUAUCUCAACUUGUGGGAGAGUCCAAGGCAGAUGGAGUUAUUGAUAUGGCGAGUGGGAAUGGGUAUUGGACAUAUAUCCUACGACGAAUGAAUUUAAACGUCAGCGCAGUUGAUAACAUGACGAGUGAGUAUCGGAAGAUGUGGAUAUCUGAUACGGAAAAAGGAGAUGGAGUGAAAUAUUUGAAGAAGAAUGCUGGGGGGAAGAAUAAAUUACUGUUAAUGGUGUAUAUGGUUACGGCAGGGACGUUUACCAAGAGACUUUUGAGUGCCUAUAAAGGGAAUACAAUUGUGGUGAUUGGAACACAAAAUGCGAAUCGAUAUACGGGACUCAGUGAUUGUACUAUGGAAGAGUGGUUUGAGAAAGAGAUGAGUGGUUGGGAGCUUGCUUGUAGAAUUGUGAUGCCAAGCUUUGCUGGAAAGGAUGAAGGGAUGUUUGUAUGGAAGAGGAGUUUAGAAGUUUCGUGA